AUGUUGCCUCUUACUUACUUGUCCCUGCUGGUACCAAUAGUUUGGGCCCAAUCAUCCUUCUCUCCAACAAGACCACCAGCGAUACCCCUUGCUGUCUCGAACCCAUAUCUCAACACCUGGCAGCAAGCCGGUAGUGAUGAAGGCAACGGUGGAUAUCUUGCUGGUCAAUGGCCAAAGUUCUGGGCAGGUCAAGUAACAGGCUGGACAGGUAGUCUCGUCAAAAUUGAUGGAGGCGCUGCAGUUACUUGGAUGGGAGCACCCAGCGGACCAGCUGUCGCCAAUCAAACCCACUUUGAAUACACAUCAACCAGAUCUGUCUUCACAUUUUCAGUUGAUGGCAAGGUUGGUAUGAACGUGACAUUCCUCUCUCCAGUUGAACCUACCGAUCUCAGGCGCCAGUCGAUUCCAGCAUCUUACAUGAACGUUGAGGUCUUCUCCCUAGAUGGUGCUGAACAUAAGGUCCAGCUCUACUCAGAUGUCUCUGCUGAAUGGGCAUCGGGAGACAGAUCUGCCGUUGCAGAGUGGAACUUUGGUACUAUCAAGACUGCCCCUGGUGUUACUUAUCAUCGCUUCUACCGCCGUGAUCAGCAAGUCUUCGUCGAGAACUCGGAUCAAGCAAGUUGGGGUAACUGGAUCUAUGCAUGUGAGCAUGACGGCUUGACCUACUCAAACGGUGGUGUUGAUACAGACGUCCGUGGAGCAUUCAUGAGCAACGGCGUGCUCGACAAUGAUCUGAACACCAAUUUCAGAGCCAUCAGCAACCAGUGGCCUGUUUUUGCUUUCGCUCUCAACCUUGGAUCUGUUGGGAGCAGCCCAGCGUCAGCAUUGUUUACACUGACCUUAUCACAAGAGCAAGCCAUUCAAUUCGAGUACGAUACCAACAAGGUCCAACAACUACCUCCGCUAUGGACCAGCUACUUCUCGAGUGAACUCGAUUUGAUCUCGUUCUUUUACAAUGACUGGUCGAACGCUCAGACUAGUGCAACCAGUAUCGACACAAAGGUCGCCACCGAUUCUUUGGCCAAUGCAGGACAAGACUACCUCACCAUUACCAGCCUUGCUGUCCGUCAAGUCUUUGCCACUACACAGCUUGCUGGCUCACAAGAUUCUUACCACCUCUUCCUGAAGGAGAUUAGUAGCAACGGUGACAUGCAGACUGUCGAUGUCAUCUUCCCUGCCUUCCCACUGUUCAUCUACUUCAAUCCCGAUCUUGGUCGUCUACUACUCGAACCACUAUUCAUCAAUCAGGAAGCCGGUAACUGGCCUGCUGCAUAUGCCAUCCAUGAUCUAGGAGUUUUCCCAAACGCAACCGGCCACGAUGACGGGAAUGCUGAAAAUCAGCCACUAGAGGAGUGUGGCAACAUGAUCAUCAUGGCUCUUGCUGUGGCCCAGAAGAUCUCAGGCGGUGCUGACUACUUGAAUCAACACUACACCAUCCUCAAGCAAUGGAACGACUAUCUUAUCCUUGACUCUUUGAUCCCCUCGAACCAAAUUUCCACCGAUGACUUCGCCGGCUCACUAGCAAAUCAAACAAACUUGGCUCUCAAAGGAAUCAUCGGCAUCGAAGCCAUGGCUAUAAUCGCAAAUAUCACAGGUCACGCCGACGAUGCCAAAAACUUCACCAACAUUGCCCAUGACUACAUCAACGAAUGGCAGCAGUUGGGCAUUGCACAAGCCACGAAUGGAUCACUCGCACAUACAACACUCGCAUAUGGUAUGCCAAACACUCACGGCUUGCUCUACAAUCUCUUCGCCGAUACUUGGGUGAAAACGAACAUUGUACCUCGCAGUGUGUACAAGAUGCAGUCGUCCUUCUACCCAACCAUCGCCAUGCAAUACGGAGUCCCUCUCGAUACCCGUCACAGCUAUACAAAACUCGACUGGGAGAUCUUCGCCGCAGCCGUUGCUUCGCCGUCCACGAAACAACUCUUCAUUUCCAAGAUUGCCGCUUGGAUUGGCAAGACUACCACGAACAGACCAUUCACGGAUCUGUAUGAGACUGAUAGUGGAGAUUAUCCUCCAGGCUUGAACUUUGCGGCCAGGCCGGUAUUGGGCGGCGUGUUUGCUCCUUUGUUGGUCGGAAAAGGUCCCCUAGGUUAA